AUGGAGUUUCAUGAGCUGGACCAGCUCUCGUACACCGUCGACCGAGAUUUGAGCACGGCCUGGAGUUUCGGCUUGGCUAACGGGACUGGUUUUUCUCGCGGAAACCACGAGCUGGAGAAAGCCCUUCUUUCCUGCAACUGUGAGUUCUUAAUCAGGGCGCCGAUCAACAAGUGUGGGCUGGGCACCUCAGGCCAGCAUCUGGAGGGCUCAGUCGUUUCUCCAGGCUCGAGCUGGGCGCUAGCACAGGGUUUCUAUAUUUCAGCAUCAAUGAAAGCCAACUGCAAACUAGUGCAACAUUGGUCCAGCCAAGACAAUGUGUCAUACGGUCGACCUUUAUUCCAAUCUGCUCCUCUGAGCUUUAUGUUACCCCAUCACUCGGUGUCUCAGGGCAAAAGGAUUCAUAACUUCUCCAAGUCUAAAGGGAUCUGGCCUUAUCUCAAGUUACCACAGUUCAAGGCCAGUGGCUUCGGAGAGUCGCAGAGGCAAAUGAGUUCCUCCCGAAAAUUGCAUGCCGGGUCCGACACUAUGGUGGUGGGGAUGCUCAAGGAAAUGGCCCUGAGGUGGUUCACGGAAACCCAGGCCGCUCUCAUCCUGCAGAACGGCAGGCUCCCAGAAUGGUUUCAUGGUUUCGCCACCAGGAGAGAAGCAGAGAAUUUCCUGCGGGAUCGAGGUAUUGGUCACUUCCUUGUCCGUCUGAGCGACAAAGCGAUUGGCUACAUAUUAUCAUACAAGGGUACUGAUCGUUGCCGUCAUUUUGUCAUUCAGCAAUCGAAGAAUGGAAGGUAUAUUAUUGAUGGGAGCAUCCACACACACGAGAGCCUUGCAGCAUUAAUAAACUACUACAUGACUGAGGCCAUCCAGCCAUUCGGAGAGGUCCUCACGGAAGCCUGCAGUCAGUAUGAGAGGAGCAACCUGUACGACCAGAUUAGCUUCAGCUUACCAAACAGCUCCCACUCAGAAGAGGCAGAGGGCAAAGAACCUGUGGCCAGGAGGCCAGGAGGUAACCCCCAAUCGGAGGAGGGGCCUAGGAGACCCCCAGCCGUCCCUCCGAAGGCUAAGAGGGCCCCCAUCGACAGGCAGCUGAACUCAUCCUUGGAAAGCGUGUCCUCUAACAGUGAGGAUUCUGACAUCGCGCCGCCUCUACCAAUCAGGUCGAGCCUGAUCUUUGAGGAGGAGAAUCAGGACAGAGUAAUGUACAGGAAAAUUAGUAAGUUCAAAUCCAACGAGAAGUCACCAUCUGCAGUAUUGAACGAAGAGUUCAGGAUCAUGGAAAGCUUGACAAAUCCACUUUACAGUGUAGGAAUGGAUGUCAGAAAACCACAGCUUUCAGGACGGCUACCUCCCACCUUGUCGGAGCCAAGCAACGCUAUAUAUUCCCUGGCUGUGGAACCCCAGCGAAGAUAUAACGAAGUAUUUGAGCCAACUAGAAAGACUUCAUCACCAGAGAUUGUGUACACCGAGGUGGACUUGAAGCAAUGGAAGACUGGCACACUGCCCACUGCCCAUGAGAACAAUUACACCACGAUCUCGGCACCAACCGAACAGCUGUGCCAGUCCUCGGAGGGCAGGAGUUUGAGUUUGACCACGCCGCCCUCAACCCCGCCUCGACUCUCGCCCAACUUGAAUCACAGGGUGAAACCUCCGUCGCCCACUCACCCUUCACAGAAGCAGGAGGCGAACCAGAAGCUCCCGCCAAAUCUCUGGCCGCUUCCUCAGCUUGCUGACUUCAACGAGCGGCUGCUGCUGAAAGAUUCGCUCUACGGUGCUACCUUGGGCGUGAGGAGCUCCACAAAAAGCCCCGAGAACACUUAUGAGCAGAUUCCUGACAAAUUCUCAAAACGGAACCAGGCAAAGCCAGCCCCUGCAGAUAAGGAUGAAGUCCGUAAAAAAUGGUUCUCGGAUUGGAAAUACAAAUGAUGGAAGAAAUUCCCCAGAUGUUUAGGCACAUCCGUAGCACUGGUGAAUGAGGUGCCUGGGACCUCUUGUGAUCCAUCAUACAUAACCCUCAGGACCCUCGCCAUCUGCUCUCUCAAUAUACAACACUAUGUUGAA